AUGGAGUUCACGCCGUCUAUGAGCAGUUCCAGCCAUGUUUGGCUUGUUCCGACACCCGUAGUAACACAGGCACCACCACAGACCCAGGCCAACCCGACUAUUAAACCAACGUUAAGACUAUACGCCAACGUACUGGUAGCAGCACUACAACCGUUCCAGUUCGGAUGGUCCACUUCGCAAAUGAACAAUUCGAUUUUUAAUAACGAGGUGGACUGCGACGCAAGACCCAUCGCACCGGGCACUUGCCUCAUGUUCCCGGGACAUACCAAGACACAGUGGACUAUUGCGGUUAGUUCCUGGAUUGUCGGAGGUAUGAUCGGAGCUCUGGUGACUGGACGAGUGUCCAACAAGUUCGGACGAAAGCCUACUAUGAUGGCCAACUGUCUCUUCAUGAUUGCAGGCGCAGUUAUCCAGGCCGCGGCCAGCAACAUCACGACAUUCACAGUAGGACGCGUCUUCGCAGGUAUCGCAGCAGGCGGCUCGACUGCCGUCAUUCCCGGGUUCAUUGGAGAGAUCUGUCCACCAAAUCUCCGUAGCAAGUUGGGCGUCUGUUUCCAGAUCUCUAUUACGCUCGGACACCUGUGCGUUGCUAUCACUUUCUUUUUCGCCAGUACGAGUACCGGUUGGAGGUAUAUUGCGGCGUUCCCUAUCUUAUUGGCGUUUCUAUUCUUGGUGCUUGCACCGUUCGUGCUGGUGGAGAGCCCCGCGUGGCUGUUGAUGGCAGGCAAGCCCUUAGCUGCAGAACAUGAGCUUGCACGCUUGUUCGGCCAAGAGAAUGUGUUUCUCGCAAAGACGUGGAUGAAACAGGAAGAAGAGACGGCACCCCGAGUUGGAGUAGGCAGUGAGUUCGUGCAGCCGAUGCAGGAUCUUCGGAUGUCGAUGGCUCUGAUGGCCCCGAAUGCCCCCAAAGCUCGCGGUUUAGUGGAUUUAUUCUCACCAGCUCUGAUUCGACAACUACUUGUGGCUAUUGGUGUGGCUGCCGCCCAGCAACUUACCGGUGUCAACGCCGUGUUCUUUUACUCGUCCGGUAUUUUCAAGCAAGCCGGCCUUUCAGACAGUCGUAUCGGUGUCUUGUUGGUUAAUUUCGUCAAUGUUCUUCCGACCCUUUUCUGUGGCCUGCUAUCAGCACGUCUGGGCAACCGUAAGCUUAUCUUGAUUGGAUUUACGGGAAUGUUGCUCAGUGCAGUGGGUAUCACUGUGACCCUCGUGACUAGUGUGUCUCCAUUGGCUAUUGUGUUCGUUGCGCUCUAUGUGACGACGUUUGGUGCGAGUCUUGGACCGCUGGCGUGGGGAGUCAUGGCUGAUCUCUUUCCAGACGACGUACGCGCGGUGGGGUGCUCAAUUUGUGUGGGUUGCAGCUGGCUAUGCAGUCUUACGGUUGGUUUGGUGUACCCAUACCUUGCUGCUGCCUUGGGCAACUUCUCGUUCGUGCCGUUCAUGUACACGAUCACACUGUCGUUCCUCUUCUUCUUCUCCGUCGUGCCUGACACAUACGGCAAGACCAUCCAGGAGAUUCAAGAUGAGUUUGAAGUGCGGCGUUUGAAAAAGAGCCGCAAUCGCGAUCAAUGGCAUAUGUCGGGCAAAAGCCAAAUUGCAGUGCUCGGCUAG